AUGGAUAAAUUACAAUAUAGUGAUGCUACACCAGAAGAAAUUGAUUUAAUUAAAAAUUCAGAACCAUCAGAUAAAUUAAAAAAUAUUUUUAAAGCAAUUGGUGGACCCAAGUCUGAUGCAAGUUCAAUUCAAGUAUUUAAAAAUAAAUUAAUAGAAGAUGCACAAUGGAGGAUUGAUGUUGGGUUGGAUCAAGCAUCACCAGAAAUUAGCACUAACGGAGAUGACUUGGUUAAAGAAACAAUAAUAAAAGAUAAUAUUAAAGAAGUUUAUUGUUAUAUAAAUGGAUAUUUUGAUCAACCAGCAACUAUUAAAGUAGUUAGACCAGACUCAUCAGUUCCAUUAUCAAAUAUCGAGCUAUUAGCAAUUUACACUAGCGCCUAUCAAUGGAUAUAUAAAGAGGAAGAAAGCCAGGUGGGAAACCCAGGACACAUAGAAGGAAUGUUAAAUCGUGAUCAAUCUCAUGGUCGUUAUGGUAUUUAUGGACAUGACUUAGGGGAUUUAGUUUACAACUCAUUUUCAGAUAUCUCAAUAUACAGUAGUUUCAUUUAUUGCGAAUUUAGAGUAGACUCAUAA